CGCUGACAGCCAGCAGUGAGCUGAGUCCCGCAGGAUCGUGCGCUGCGCGGUGCGGUGCGCUCUGUGCGGUGCGCUCGUUGGGUCAGUGGUGUGUGUCACUGUGUGCCUGUCAUGUCUCCAGCCAGGAGGAGCAGCGGAACCAGGACUGCGCCACAAUGCCACAGGAUCUAACCGAGGAAGCAGCGCAGAGCUCCGCAGACUGUUCUCUCCCAGCAGUGUGUGUGGAUUAUUAUUAUUAUUACAUUAUUACAGCUGAGAGCUCUUUACACGCACGUCCAUGAUCGGGAGGGCGAGCACGCUCCGCAAAGAUGGAAAAACCUGGUGGAGGCAGGAGGCGUCGACUCCCCAGCAUCACCUGAAGAACUGGAAGGUGAUGCUGUGGGUGGUGGCAUCGCUGCUGACACUAGUGGAAGAUGUGUUUUCUGAGGAGGACAAUAAAGAGGCUCAGUCAGACCUCGAGCGUGUCCUCAGCCAGCCCUCCGUGUCUCCUGCUGAGAAUCUGGAACAGGACAGCAGGGUCCACACACCCUGGCAUAAAGCCCUAGAGGAGUGGUCACUGAUGCAGGAAGAGGAAAUCCAGCAGGGCAGAUGGCGGCGCUCCCCUCGUGACCCAAACUCGCCCAGAACGACAAGGAGGAACCGCAAGAAGACCAAGAGCACUCACGACUGCCACUUGGAGAGGAAGGAGAUGCGGGUGCGGGAUCUCGGUCUCGGCUACGACUCGGAUGAAAUAAUCCUCUUUAAGUACUGUGUUGGGACAUGCCACAGCUCCCGCAGGAACUAUGACCUGGCCCUAAAGGCUGUGAUGGACAACGGGAGCAUCUCCGGCAAGAAGAUCAGCAGUCACCCCUGCUGUCGGCCAACCCGUUAUGAGACCGUGUCCUUCAUGGACACCCAGACUACCUGGCAGACAAUUAAGUGGCUCUCGGCAGCCAACUGCAGCUGUGUGGGCUGAUUGCAAAGAAGAGUGUCUAUCUGCAUUACACAAACACAAGCUCCUGCGUGAAAGAGCAGGAUGCCGCAAGGCCUGGUCCAUGUGGUCUGAGGCGUGGACCUGGACUAGGAUCCUCAGCGCAGUGGCCAUGGCCUUCCCUCCGCUAAUAGCUUGGCUGUUGUUAAUGGAGGUUCAGAUACCUUCAGAACCAUAUGGCACCAGCAGGCUACCUGGAUGGUUGCCACCAGCCUGGGGGAGUGGAAGGUUUGUUUAAAUGCCACCAGCAAUAAGCACAGAGGAGGAAACUAUCAGUACUGUUCCAGUCCAUAAUGGACUAUAUUUUGUGUCCUUCAGUCAGCCUAUUGAAGGCUUUCGGCAGCCAUGUUAGAGGUCUUCAGCUCUUUGGCAAAAGAUGCUCUGAGUAGCCGAUCACAUUUCUAAGUGUGCUGCUUGGCUAUCUCACCAGAGUUCAGUAGGCCGAUGGUUACUUACUUGAUAACUUCUGUGUUCUUUUUGACUGGGAGCUGUUGAUUUCACCAGUAAUCUGUUUUCUGUCAGGCAGAAAUUAUAGUACCUUAUCAGCUAUCUAGCUUAUAUGUUAGCCGGUCCUCAAGUAGCAAGAGGCUAACUGCAUGCAGACAUUUGUGGCUGAAACAUGCUCCAGCAGGUAUGAAAGGUAACAUGUUUCUUAAUUUAUGUUCACAAAUGAUUAAUUUAUGCCAAUUAAUUAACAGAUAGGAAACAUUGUUAUUCAUUAUCCUGCAAAAGCUAUCCGCUUAUCUCAAUCCAAAAUCAAAAUAUAACUGGUAAAAUGAAAGCCAGGCACCAAUUCAGAUUGUUUAUGACCAUUUACUGUUCAUUAGGGUAAACAUGGAGUGCACCAUCCAAUAGCAUCAAUUCAGCAACUUUAGCAUUCAAUGCAACAAAAUAUGAACUUGAUCAAACAAAUUACUUUGUUAUUAUUAAUUCAACUUUAUUAAUUAUCAAAGCAAUGGUAAUACUUUAUGCCCACAGAUUUCAAAACAUUACCCUUCAUAUAUGCAGAAUUCAGUAUCAACAAUAUUGAAUUACUUUUCAAUUGAAAUCAUGCUUUUCAUGCAGCAUAUUUUGGCAAAACUAAGUCCCUUUUAUUUGAACUGCUGCUUGUGGCUGGAGGAAAAACUUUUUCUUGUCUUUUUUGUGUUACAUUGACGCAAUGCAACAACCCAAUGACAGCCCAGCCUGAAAUAAAAUGGCAACUUUAAAAGGUUUCCAUUAUAUUAAAUUAAAUUAAAUUAAUAUUAAAAUACAUUUUAACUUGAAAAGGGUUGGUUGUUUAACUUAUGGUUUGAAAUGCGAUUCAUCAACUUCAAAAGUCUGCACAUAAGCAUGGUAAGACAUUUUAAUAUUGGCAUUUUGUUCCGUUGGCCUGACUAGUUAGUGGGCUAAUAAAGCCAAAAACUCAGGUCAAAGUAACUGUAUCUAAAAAAAACAAGUCAACCUUAUCAGACCAUUCACUUUUAGUUUGAACAUUACAUCCACACUACAGCAUUGUUGAAAUAUUUCUCUUUUUCUUACGUGGUUGUUUUAUAUAUAGAUAUAUAUACGUAGAUGCUGCAUUAGCCUUUCCUUUCGUACGUCAACGUCGCCGCCAUAUUGGGGAGGUCAGGACUGGCCUGUAAACAUAUACUGUACGAGUGAACGGGGGAGCUGCUAUUUUUCUGAAUAAAAAGCACUAUGACGUUUACAUUUCUCAACCGAUUUCAAUGAGUCAUUUUUAUAUUCAAGAUUUUAUAAUCUAUGUGGAGUACUGUAGGUUAGAUUCCCUCCCCCAAAAAAACGUUUGGUGAGAAACGGUUCAGUAAUGUUACGUUAUUGCUUCUGGUUCAUGGCUCACCGGUCUGUUUGUUGAUAAAAAGUCUUACUCUCAUAACACAUCUUCCUUUAAGAAUUUUUCAAAUCAUCAACAUUACAGUUUCAGUUACAUCUUUACAAAACAUUUGUUUCCGUAGGUCAUCAGAUAAGAGCUAGCUAGCAUUUGUAAUUCUUAGCUAAUCCUCGACCGAAGCUAAUGUUAGCUUAUAGAUCUUUGUGUCUAACAUAUUAUUGUGUUUAAGAAAUAAUAUAACUUAUGAUAUGCGUUGAAUUAUUUUCCACCACUUAAGUAAUUCAGUUCAUGUAACAUUAAGCUAAGCUAACACUGAUACACACUAUUUUGAGCGUCUAGCAGUGAUUACAGCCUGGUAUCGAGGUUUUAAGUAACUGGAGACAAAACUUUAUUUUUCUACUCCUCAUAGAUUAUAAACACUUGAAUAUAAAAAUGACUCAGUUGACAAAUGUGAACGUUGUAGAGCUUUUUAUCCAGAAAAGCGGCAGCUCCCCUGUUUACUUGUAUGUGUUUACAGGCCAGUCCUGACCUCCCCAAUAUGGCGGCGACGCUGACGUUUCGUUGCAACGGGCUGAAGCGGCCUAUGCGGUAUCUACUGUACGUAUACAUCUUUGGUUUUAUAGCCAAUUAUACUCAAAAGCCAGUUAUCCAGUAAACCUCCAUGAUGGAGCCAAAUGUGAUUUCUGGAUAUUUGUAAAUCAAUUGCAAAGCCGACGAAGUUAAGACAGCAUGACAUAAACAGCUUCAAAUCAACCAAAAACUCAGUUUAACCACUUUAAAAACCAAAUAUUAUGAUGUGAAGACUAAUAAGAACUUACAAAUUUCUAGAAGUUUUUCUGUUUUGUUUUGUAAAUACAAUGGUCUUCAUAAGACCAAAAUUUGCUUUCACCAUGUGAUACAACUCUACCUUUCCUUCCAGGGCAGCUCAAUAACAAUAUCUGGUCAAGGAAAACUCAUUAUGAAAGCUACUGUAGUCUUUCAGUCUCCUAAACAGUCUCUCGCACACACACACACAUUUUAAAUUUAGUAAUACAUACGUAAGUAUUUUACUUUGUUUAUUUUAGUGGGUGACAUUCAUAAUGCUUUACAUGACCCCAGUGGCUUUCUAAAUUCAGCAAAGCAGCUCAGAUCAUUACAUAGUGUCCUCUAGCCAGCCUACCGGUAUGCUAAUUGUAAAUGCCACAGUAGCUCUGGAGUACUUGUUUAAGCACAGCCUGUUUACAUCUCUGUCAACAGUCUAUUGUAGGGUGCCAUCACAAAUAUAGUCAUGAGCCAACCAUCACUCAGAGUGACAGCUUUUCACCACGUGGCCUAUUUUCAGAUCAGGUGUGACAUGAUACCACUCACAACCAGACCUGUAGUUUACACAAAAUAAGUGGAGAAUCAGUAUUUGUAGUGCUUGUGUAUCACCGUUAUGGAGCAAAUUACAUGCAAUAUGGUUUCAUCUAAUCGAACGACUACAGAUUAGUUGCAGAAACAGGUUUGCAAAGAAGCCAUUUAGACUGUGACAUUUAUCACCACUAACAUAACUUCACACAAGUGCAAUGUAACAUAAAUUGAUAAUGGCUGUAAAUAAGAUAAUAUGUUAUACAUUCUGUAUUGUUUUAAAUUGGAUUAAAAAGCCUGCUAUACCAGUUAUUGCUAUAAAUUUGAUUUAGUUAAACCCCAGAAAAUAUUUUAAUGUACAAUGUCACCAUUUAAAAAAAAAAAAUGUUAAAUACAAUAUGUACGCAUGGUAACCACGGUAUGGCUAAGGUUAGGGAGAGAUCAUUGUUUUGCAACCCUGUCUCCUACAAAAUUACGUUCCCAUACGACUAAACUGCAUUCUCAAUUACAUUUUGAGGGAAACAAUUUUCUCCCGGAUUACUGUUGAAGUUUUAAACCGUUUUAAACAGGUGGUUAACCCUGUGAAUCAAAAAACAAAACAAAACAAAAAAUGCAAGAACACUACGUGGUUAGGUUUAGUAAAAGAACAUCAUGAUUUAGCUUAAAAUUACUACAAAAUUGAAGCAAA